AGUUCAAGACACCCACUUUAGAGGCACGGUAUAUCAGGAAUCCCUUCUUCUGUUGCAUAUUACAGUAUAGGUCGUCAUUGAGUGACAAGCAGUCUGUAUUAAAAGAGGAAGAAAUACUUUAAAAGAUCAUCUAUAAGGUCAACUGUAUUCUUGAUGUAAUUCCUCAAGGAUGUCAAUAUAGAUUUGAAUUAAAUUUCUGACAUCUAUUAUCUGCAUCUUUCAUUAAAUCAAUUAUUAAUGAAGCAUAUUAUCAUAUAUGAAAAAGAUUCAGACGGCAAAUAUGGUGAAAAUGGGAUUAUUGCCAGCUGUGGUUUUCGUCUCUCUGUUUGCCAUAUUCAGCGCAUCAGAGGCUAGUGCUGGCAAAAUUGAUCCAGUUUGCAUCGAUCGAAUCUGCACUCUUGAACUCUUCCCCAUUUGUGGCAGUGAUGGAAGCACGUACAACAACUUCUGCCAAUUCAACCUUGAGAAGAGGUGCAGCAAUCCUAAGCUUACUAUUCGAUGCCAUGGCGAAUGCAACCAGUGUGGAUAUCAGUGAGAGACAGAAACCUUCAACAGCAAUGGAAGAAAUAGUUCAAA